GACACAUCGGAUGCACACAUGCGAAUUCUUUAGUUAAGACUAGUCCUUACCAUUGUAAAUAAUGUCAUCGUGAAAGAUAAUUUUUGACACUUAUGUAAGUAAAUAAAUAGAACUACAAAGUACAAAGUAGUAAAACUGAGCUAAAACAAUAAAAAUAUAAUGGAAUCACAUCCACUUAAUUUGGCUCAUAAACAACAUCGUCGUGCUGAGGCGCAUCUGAUGAACAAUAGGUACGAUGAAGCGAUGCAGUGCCAUCACAAUGCUGCAGAGCUGUUACUUGACGCUAUGAAGUCGACAACGUCAUCAGUCGCUCUCGAGUCCAUCACCUUACAACACAGCUAUCAUCUCAAACAAAAAGAUCUCAUCAAAGGCAAGAAGGAACAAUACGAAAGAGUGAAGAAAGCCAUGGAUAACAUCAAAGGUUUGGGUAAAGAUCCCACAUACAAUUUACAAAUUAAUGAUAGUUCUAAAGUGCAAGUCGCUAUUUAUAGAACAAUCAAUGAAGCUGACUCUUUGUUAUAUACAUUACUAAAUAAGAACUGUGAUCUAGCUCAAUCAAAAGAAAAUCUCCUUAAAACGGAUGUUGUUGAUGGAAAGAAGGUAGAGAAAACACAAGAGACCGUUGUAGAAGAGUUACAAAUAUUGAAUCAGAAUCUACAUUCACUUGUGGAGCAAUUAGUAUUACAAGCAGAAGUUCUUAAAGAUGAGAAUAUGACCUUGAAAGAAAGAGUGAGCUACUUAGAGAAGGAAAGAGUUAAGUAUUUGAAUCUUCCAUCAACACAGAGUGAUAUAUUACAAAGGAACUUUUCAAAUAUAGGUAUAGAAAAUGAAGGUUUAUCAAAUGAUAGUAUACAACGAGUGCCAAUUGCUAAAGACCCACAGCCAGGCAGACCGGUCAAUAUUGUUGACCGAUCAUCUCUCCAGCCUCACUUUGACUUGACUGCACUAAAGGACUUAUAAAUAUAAUAAUUAAUACUUUAUUAUAGUGAAGUAAAUAAAAUAUUUUUUCAUUUAAUUUUGUUACUCAUCAUAACUUUUAUUUUUUAUUAGCUUGUGUUCAAAUUUGUAUUCUACAGAUGCAGUAUUAGCCAAAAAAAUAAAUUUUGUAUAAAUAUUAAGUCAAUAAACAUUUAUUUUAC